UUAGACGAACAUAUAACAAAAAAACAAAUGAUCUAAUUGAAGCCAAAAUUGAAAAUCAAUCGUUUUAGCUUUUCAAAAUCCAAAAAUUCAAAGAGCGACCCGCCCGAAAAGAAACAAAAACGGAGGAGAGCGGUCCAAAAUGUUAUUUUCAAAUUGAUGCAUAUUUCAAAGUCUUGCCGGUGGCGGAGCAGUGAGAGAGAAAAAAAACCCUCUUGGAACGUUUCCCUUCCACCACAUGUUGUACGGAGAUCUGGGUAGAGAAUUUUAUCACAAUCACCAUGGCAUGUCAUUUCGUCUCGAGCACGGUCCCAUGCCGGGGUUUUCUCAACUUCAACCGGACUUGAAAAAAUGAUAGUACGAACAAAAUCGACUGGUUCGAGAGGCCAAAAGAAAGAAAUUCUGUAAAUCUAGGAAUUGCGCUUUUUAAUUUAUACUCUUUUUGACUGUGCAUCUCCACAACUGGAAGCAUGUACAGAAGAUUGGCCUGCUGGAGAGGCUUGAACCCCAGAGCGUACCAAAGGACGAGAUACAUCCGUCAGACCGUUGUCGGGCACACUGUGUGUUGUAGGAACACCAGCGAUGGGAGGAGGCCGGGAUUCUUCUCGAAACUCAUCGAGGAUGUCAAACAGGAAAUGGCGAAGAACAAGGAGAUGAAGGAGAGCCUGAAGAAGUUCAGGGAAGAGGCACAAAAAUUGGAACAGUCUGAUGCUUUGCAAAAAGCAAGGAUGAAGUUUCAUGCAGUUGAAUCUGAAGCAUCAAAAAGUAGUGAAGUACUUAAAGAAAAGCUUGACACUUUAAAAGGCAAAGUCUCUGAUGUUUUGGAAGAAGCUGGAAAAUCUGAAAUAGCGAAAAAAGCCGGUCAGAUAGGAGCGGAGAUUGGUAAGACUGCAAGGGGAGCGGCUGAGUCCCUGUCAGAAAGGGGACAGCAAAUCGGAAAGACGGGUGCUUUUCAGAAGAUAAGUGAAACUGCCGCAGCAGUGAAGAAGGAAUUAGACCAAGGGGGCAUGCAGGCUCAUGUCUACCAAUCACCUAUGAAGUUGAGAAGAAGAGUCGAGACAGUCGUAGAUCCAAAGGUGAUGAAACCCGACACAGAGAGCCUGGGAAUAGAAGUUCACAAAGACUCCAAGUUCUACCAAAGUUGGCAGCAGUUCAAAGAGAACAAUCCUUACAUUAAUAAAGUCCUUGAUUGGAAAAUCAAGUAUGACGAGAGUGAUAAUCCCGUCAUCAGAGCAUCCAGAGUCCUAACCGAAAAGGUCUCUGAUAUAAUGGGUGGUUUAUUCCAAAAAACAGAACUUUCAGAAACGCUGACGGAAAUUUGCAAGUUGGACCCAAAUUUCGAUAAAGUCCAGUUUCUCAGGGACUGCGAGAAAGACAUUAUUCCAAACAUACUGGAAGCAAUGAUACAAGGCAACUUGGAAAUUUUGAAAGACUGGUGCCAUGAAGGGCCGUACAAUGUUCUCUCUACGCCUAUCAAACAAGCUCAAUCCCUCAAAUACAGAUUUUGCUCUAAGAUUUUAGAUAUAGAUAACGUCGAUCUCGUAAUGGGAAAGGUGAUGGACCAAGGGCCCGUUCUUGUUAUUAACUUCACAUCCCAGCAGAUCCUCUGUUUACAAGAUCAGAAAGGCAACGUCGUGGAAGGUGACCCGAAUAAAGUGCUCAGAGUAAAUUAUGUUUGGGUCUUGUGUAGGGAUCCGUCAGAACUCAAUCCUCGGGCCGCUUGGAGGCUUUUAGACUUAUCUGCAAGCAGUAAUGAACAGCUGUUGUGAUUAAAUCAUAAACGGUCUCAUAGUUUUGUUUUUCUAUUAGAUUACCUACUGAUCUGUACAAAAGUACGUUUUUUUUGUAAAUAUUAAAAAUUUAAUGUAUAUAAUAUUUAAAUGAUAGUCUCUUGUUUUUGUUUUUUUGAGGCAUAUUUCUUAUCAAUUUGUUUAUUUUUUUAUAGUAAAACUGUUAGAAACCUUAACAUAUGGUGAUUACAUGGCAAGAGAACCAGUCGUACCCAUAGAAAAUUCAUGUGUAUUGGCCAUCAUCUCAGGCAAUUACUUAUUUUUAAUUCAUUUCUAAAAGACAAAUAUAAAAAGUGUACAUAUAUGAAAGUUUUGCCGUUGUAGAUAUUAAACAAUAACACUUCACUCGCAUAAAUAUAUUUUAUAACCGCUUA